AUGAGCAUAUUCAAUCCCAACAUCGUCGAAGCCAGCCUUCGUGAUGUUGCUACAUGUCUUUCAGAUAAUCAAAAAGUUGACCUCUUGCUCUACGCCAUGAAAACCCUCAAGUAUGACGGUCGGUCUAGAAUUGUUUUUGAUAACGCCAUCCAAUCCUGUCUACUGAUACCAACAUUGUCACCCGAAAACACCGCCAAAGCUCGAAUCAUACGUGCGAGGGCUAGACUCAAUGCUGGUUCUGUUUUUGGUGCACAAGAAGGUAUCCCGGAGACCACCAUCGUUGUUGCGAUCAUGACUCACUACAUGCAAAUAGACCUUCAAGCUGCAUUGGCUGCCGAUCCAGAUAACCCAGAGGCUCAAGCUUUGCUCCACCAACGUUCCGUCAAUGUAGAAAAAUUACUCGCUCCUGAACCACUUAACCUCCCCAGAAGCCGAUUCUCGCCCGAAGUAUGGCGAGAAAUAACGUGUUUCCUCCCGCGGAAAGAUCUCAAAACAUUGCUUCUUGUGCCAAACCCAGUGUCCCACGUCGCCAGUCAACUAUUGUUUCGUCAGCUAGACCUUCAUUUCUCAGGACUGUCGCCCGAAUACCUAGAAGAGGAAAAUGAAUGGUCGUUGGACAAAGAUCGACAUUCCCAAAGGAGUGCAGACAUAUUGGCGAGAAUCAUCACAGAUAACUCGUUUGCAUCAGUUAUCAGAACAUUACGAGUGUUCUCGUUCAAGUUGGAUGGAGAUGCAGGUUUCCAUGUCGGCAUCUUAGCAAAUGCACUUCCCAAAUUGAUCAACCUUCAGAACGUCCACAUCACAGCCUCGGUAGAAGGAGCACUUUCCAUCAUCCGUAUCCUCGAAUUCACACGACCUCAAAUUCACGGCCUUUCCUUACAAAUCCUGGAUAGCGCUCUAGAUCUGUCUGGACUCAACUUUACACACCUGGCACACUUCUCUUACAAUACCCAAUUCUCGUCGUCAGCCUCUUCUUCAAAUCCCUCACCGUCCACCGCUGCUGUCGCCCCGCAAUCAACCACACUUUUCGUCGCCCAAAAUAAUGUCUCUCUUCGCAGACUGUCGAUACAAACGCCGUCCAGCGGAUUUCCCCCAACAGAAUCACUCGCUCUGCGAAACUUGACACACCUUGCCUUCACUGGUUGCAUACCUGCGAGCGUUCCCAACCUCUUACCCGAUAUCCUUAUUCAUGGCCGUCAGAUUGAAAGUCUUUGCUUGACAGUCCUAGUCGAUUGUGUCCUUUCACAACAUUUCCGUUCCAUGUCCUCAAACCUACCUUUCCUACGCCAUUUCUCAUUCUCGAUUGGAGGAGGCGUCUCCCGGAGGUUAAAUGAUCGAGACUUAUUUCCAUCCAUAGCUGAAUUUCUCAGAGGUCGUAAAGAGCUUCGGUCAUUGACUCUAACUGCUCCUUGUACGCCAUUGACGAGUUCGAACACCAACGCCGAAAUUCAGCGGUUGACUGGGUUUGAUUCGGGUGUUUGGGGUGUGCUACCGACGUUGACGGAAUUGACUGCUUUGACGAUUUCUUGGCCGAAAGAUUUGGCACCCGGGUUAGGUGGAUGGUUGAUUCCUCGAACCGUCAAAGCGUUGGUAUUAGAUGGAAUAGGAGCGAGUCUCUCAGCGCAGAGAGAUGCUGUGGCGUUCUUCAAUCAACUCCGUCCUGGUAUUCCAGCCUCCCUUGUUUACGUGGGUCUCAUGGACUCGCCCUUACGCUCUCCUGCCCAGAUCAUUGAACAAGGUUUCCCGAUGGUCAAGCUUUUGAGACUUGAAAACACUUAUUGGACUGUGAACAGUAAUUUGGGCAGCCAGAAAGACAGGGGAAACCGUUCUCCUACGUUACGAUACCCUUCUGCCCCGGGAACCAGUUCACAAUCGAUGAUAGCGUCUGGUGCCCCCGCAGCUCCUCCUGGCACCUUAUAUCCCGCGACGAGUUCUACGUCCGCUCCCUCAAGUAGUUCUACAACACGGACGAUUCUUCCAUCUAGAACGUUAUCCCAUUCACAUACCCCUGGGUAUUCGCAUACGUCUACGACAUAUCAUCCUUCUCCAUCGUCUACUCCGACAUCGGCACCUUCUGGUGCUAGACCGAUAUUACCCUCUGUCGCGAGACCAACGUCGGAUAAUAGAAUACCUCAGCUUCAGCCCACGCCGAUCACGGCGACGACGAGGCAGAAUUCGAGCGUUGCAAGUGCUGCGGUAGUUCGUCAUUCAUCUCCUAGCACGUCUGUAGAAUUGGAGAAAUGGCCGAGAAGACGGGUGGUCUUCCAUUCGAGGGAGUGGCUUGAGUGGCUUGGGUGUCCGGAUGUGGUUGGAUAUGAGUGUGGGGACUUUGGGUUUUGAGGAGGGCGGGAGCGUGGAAGUUGUAAUACGACUGGUAGUGUACACGUACUCAUGGUAUGAGAAGCUGUCUUAAUUUGCUUUUCGUCGUUUCGAUUAUUUUGAUUAGCGUUUCUUCCAUCAUUUUACUGCUCAGAGUCAUACUAAUACUCGGUCGUGGGAAGACUCGUUCGACCGUGC